GGGAGCGGCGGCAGCGCGGCGCCGGCGGCGGCGGCAGGAUGAACAGCAUCAAGAACGUGCCGGCGCGGGUGCUGAGCCGCAGGCCGGGCCACAGCCUGGAGGCGGAGCGCGAGCAGUUCGACAAGACGCAGGCCAUCAGUAUCAGCAAAGCCAUCAAUAACCAGGAGGCCCCUGUGAAGGAGAAGCAUGCCCGGCGCAUCAUCCUGGGCACGCACCAUGAGAAGGGGGCCUUCACCUUCUGGUCCUACGCCAUUGGCCUGCCACUUUCCAGCAACUCCAUCCUCAGCUGGAAGUUCUGCCACGUGUUGCACAAGGUCCUCCGAGAUGGGCACCCUAAUGUUCUGCAUGACUGCCAGCGGUACCGGAGCAACGUCCGCGAGAUCGGGGACCUGUGGGGGCAUCUGCACGACCGGUAUGGACAGCUGGUGAAUAUCUACACCAAACUUCUGCUGACCAAAAUCUCCUUCCACCUCAAGCACCCCCAGUUUCCUGCAGGUCUGGAGGUGACGGACGAGGUGCUGGAGAAGGCAGCGGGAACGGACGUCAACAACAUCUUCCAGCUCACCGUGGAGAUGUUUGACUACAUGGACUGCGAGCUGAAGCUGUCCGAGUCAGUUUUCCGGCAGCUCAACACGGCCAUCGCGGUGUCCCAGAUAUCCUCGGGCCAGUGCCGCCUGGCCCCGCUCAUCCAGGUCAUCCAGGAUUGCAGCCCCCUCUACCACUACACUGUCAAGCUCCUGUUCCAGCUGCACUCCUGUCUCCCAGCUGACACACUGCAAGGUCACCGGGACCGGUUCCACGAGCAGUUCCACAGCCUCAGAAACUUCUUCCGCCGAGCUGCUGACAUGAUCUACUUCAAGCGGCUCAUCCAGAUUCCCCGGCUGCCCGAGGGACCUCCCAACUUCCUGCGGGCCUCGGCACUGGCUGAGCACAUCAAGCCUGUGGUGGUGAUCCCUGAGGAGGCUCCCGAGGAGGAGGAGCCCGAGAACCUCAUUGAGAUCAGCACAGGCCCCCCCACCGUGGAGCCAGCGGUGGUAGCUGACCUCUUUGAGCAGACAUUUGGACCCCCCAAUGGCUCCAUGAAGGAUGACAGAGACCUGCAGAUCGAGAGCUUGAAGAGGGAGGUGGAGCUGCUCCGUGCUGAGCCUGAGAAGAUCAAGCUGGAGGCCCAGCGGUACAUUGCCCAGCUGAGGGGCCAGGUGAACACACUGGAGGCGGAGCUGGAGGAGCAGCGGAAGCAGAAGCAGAAGGCCCUGGUAGACAACGAGCAGCUCCGCGACGAGCUGGCCCAGCUGAGGGCCACCCAGCUGGAGGGCGAGCGGAACCAGGGGCUGCGUGAGGAGGCCGAGAAGAAGGCCAGUGCCACGGAGGCACGCUACAACAAGCUGAAGGAAAAGCACAGUGAGCUCGUCAGCAUCCACGCGGAGCUGCUCCGGAAGAACGCGGACACGGCCAGGCAGCUGACGGUGACACAGCAGAGCCAGGAGGAGGUGGCACGGGUGAAGGAGCAGCUGGCCUUCCAGAUGGAGCAGGCACGACGGGAGUCUGAAAUGAAGCUGGAGGAGCAGAGCGACCAGCUGGAGAAGCUGACAAGGGAGCUGGAGGCCAAGGCCGGGGAGCUGGCCCACACGCAGGAAGCCCUGAGCCGCAGGGAGCAGAGCGGGUCGGAGCUGAGCGAGCAGCUGGCCACACUGAGCGCAGAGAAGGACGCACUGAGCAGCACCGUGCGGCAGCGGGAGGCCGACCUGUUGGCGGCCCAGGGCCUGGUGCGCGAGAAGGAGGCCGCCCUGAGCCAGGAGCAACAGCGAGGUGCUCGCGAGAGGGGCGAGCUGCAGGGGCGGCUGGCUGAGAAGGAGUCUCAGGAACAGGGGCUGCAGCAGAGACUGGUGGACGAGCAGUUUGCGGUGCUCCGGGGUGCGGCUGCCGAAGCUGAGACCAUCCUGCGGGAUGCUGUGGGCAAGCUGGACGACCCUCUGCACCUGCGCUGCACCAGCUCCCCAGACUACCUGGUGAGCCGAGCCCAGGCCGCCCUGGAUACCGUGAGUGCCCUGGAGAACGGCCAUGCCCAGUACCUGGCCUCCAUGUCAGAUGCCUCUGCCCUGGUGGCAGCCCUGACCCGGUUCUCCCACCUGGCUGCAGACACCAUCAUCAAUGGCAGUGCCACCUCGCACCUGGCACCCACCGACCAUGCAGACCGCCUGAUGGACAUCUGCAGGGAAUGCGGGGCCCGUGGCCUGGAGCUGGUGGGGCAGCUGCAGGACCGGCAGGCUCUGCCACGGGCACAGCCCGGCCUGGUGCGCACGUCCCUGCAGGGUAUCCUUCAGCUGGGCCAGGAGCUAAAGCCCAAGAGUCUGGACGUGCGUCAGGAGGAGCUUGGAGCCAUGGUUGACAAGGAAAUGGCAGCCACGUCGGCGGCCAUUGAAGAUGCAGUUCGGAGGAUAGAGGACAUGAUGAACCAGGCCCGGCACGCGAGCUCUGGGGUGAAGCUGGAAGUGAAUGAGAGGAUCCUCAAGUCCUGCACAGACCUGAUGAAGGCCAUCCGGCUCCUGGUGAUGACAUCCACCAGCCUGCAGAAGGAGAUUGUGGAGGGCGGCAGGGGGGCAGCCACGCAGCAGGAAUUUUACGCCAAGAAUUCGCGCUGGACUGAGGGUCUCAUCUCUGCCUCCAAGGCAGUGGGCUGGGGGGCCACGCAGCUGGUGGAGGCGGCUGACAAGGUGGUGCUGCACACUGGCAAGUACGAGCAGCUCAUCGUCUGCUCCCACGAGAUUGCGGCCAGCACCGCCCAGCUGGUGGCUGCCUCCAAGGUGAAGGCCGACAAGCACAGCCACCACCUCAGUCACCUGCAGGAGUGCUCCCGCACCGUCAACGAGAUGGCUGCCAAAGUGGUGGCCUCCACCAAGUCAGGCCAGGAGCAAAUCGAAGACAGAGACACCAUGGACUUCUCAGGCCUGUCCCUCAUCAAGCUGAAGAAGCAGGAGAUGGAGUCCCAGGUGCGAGUGCUGGAGCUGGAGAAGACCCUGGAGGUGGAGCGUGUGCGACUGGGGGAGCUGAGAAAGCAGCACUAUGUGCUGGCCGGCAGCGUGGGCACGCCCGGGGAGGAGGAGCCAGGCCAGCUCAGCCCUGUGCCCCGCAGCAGGGCCUCCAAGCCGCCCCUGGCCCACAAGCCCAGUGUGGGCCCCAGGCAGGACCACCAGCUUGACAAAAAGGACAGCAUCUCAGCUCAGCUCGUGAACUACGGGGCACCCUGGCCGCAGCGGGGAGGCUGCUGGCGGCCGGGCCCUUGUGGCUGCCCUGAGCUGGCACGGACCUCCGAGGGCACGGUCUGUCUCCAGCAGGUGGCACCAGCCCAUUCGCGAGGCCCAAGGAGCCAGCAGGACGUUGCAGACAGCUCCCGGGCUGGCCUGCAUCUCUAUCGAUCUGUGACAGGAAGUGUCGGAGCAGCCAGGGCCCCGCCGGCCCUAGCCGUAACUCUUCAGGAACGCAUGAACGUUGCUUCACCUUCAGGGCUAGCUCUCUUCUUUAUAAGUUUCUACUCUGUACACUGGGAAACAGGGCCACUUGGGGAACAUCUGAGUGAGGCCCUCCCUCCUCUUUGGACUCAAGGUCCAACCAACAUCACCUCUCUCUGUGGCCUUCUUAGGGCACCGAAUCCACAGGCCCACUGGCUGGCUGAGAUGCUCUCAGGUGGGGUGGGGGGCGUCAGAGGACCAGCAACCAGGGGAGAAAGGUGUGUGAGAGAGUGAUCAGAGAGCAUAUAUGAGAAUGUGUAACAGUGUAUAUGAGAGUGCAAGACACUGUACAUGAGCGAAAGAAGGGUGUGCGUGUGAGGAAAGUAAAGUGUAUGCAAGACAAGCAGAGUGUAUGUGUGAGAUGUGUGCAUGACAGAGAGGGGUCAUUCGGUGUAUAUGACUGUGUAUGAGAGUGUAUGUGAGAAAUCAUGUGUAUGAGUGAAAGAGUGUAUAGAUGAGACAGUAUGUUAGGGAGAGGCCAAGCUAACAUGCAAAAGGACAGACGCUGGCCUCUGAAGCUUCCCACUGGAGCGGGGGCAGGUCUCUAGGGCAGCCUUUGCGUCUGGGGUGACCCCGUUUCCUUUUUCACGUACAAAUCAGGCUGCCCCUGGGGGCCUGUUCAGGCACCUUCCAUUCACCCAUCUUCCUGCCUCCCACCAUAGAGAGUUCUCUCUAGCCCUCCUGAAGCGGGGACUUGGCCCCUCCAGUGGAUCAGCGGUGCUUGGUGCUCACAGGAAGCGCCAUCUGGGCCUCUCUGGAGGGGCAGCCAGUUCUCCCUCCCUCCUGCCCAAGCCCCAGCUGGCCUGGCCCUGUCUGCAUUCCUGGAGAGCACACGGGUGGCAGGGGUGGUCGGAGGAGGUGAAGGGAAGGAAGGAAGGGCUCCCCCAGCACCCUGAGCCCUGUGCCCUGGGCUGGCCUGACACAAAGGGCCUGAUCUUUUACUUGGAGUGUAGCAUUUCCUUUUGCUGAGGCGGCCGACUGGCAAUAAAAUUGGCUGACUGUUGUAACCACCGCCCCACAGGGAGGGGCUACAGCUGGUUCUUCAUUUCUCCCUCUCAGGCCCUGGCCAGGACCACUUAAGUGUCUUCAAAUAACAGAGCACUUGGGACCACAGAAAAAGGUGCUAGUGCUGCUGCUGGUUCCUCCAAAAGUGUCUUUGGCUUUUUUCUCUGAACGAUUUCUGUAACUUGAAGCCCUGAGAUGGUUUGCAUGUUUACACAUUAGUGCUGACUCCUUCCUUUAAGGCAGGAGGCUCACAGUCAGCAGAUUAUGGCUUUUCUCCACCAUCCCAAGGCUUCCCUCUGAGGCCACCUCUGUGCCCAGCCUGGAUCUCAGAUGGCCAGGUGGGGCCCCAUUACACCUCCCAAAUUCCCUGCUGGUUCCCCUCCCAGCUGAAACUAGGCCCCUUUAAAAAAGGGAGGGGGCGACCCCUGAUCGACUGCAAUUGGGAAUUUCAAGUUAAAUUUCUCCUGGCUGGCCUGAACUUGACCGCGUGGCCACAUACAGCCUUCUUAUUUAUUAAGCCAGUUGUCAUCAAGUCAGUUCCAACUCAUGGUGACCCCAUAGGUGUCAAAGCAGAACUGUGCUCCAUAGGGUUUUCAGUGGCUGAUAUUUCUGAAGAAGAUGGCCAAGCCUUUCUUCUGAGGAGCCUCUGGGUCGACUUGAAGUACCAGCCUUUCAGUUAGCGCUAACCGUUGCACCACCCAGGGACUCCUCAUGUUUAUUAGGGGACUUAAGCAUCCAGAAUUCCUGGAACAUAACAGCGUGAGCACGUCUAUGUUCCCAACUGUCCCAAACUAAGAAACACAAAGAUCUAUGUCCCCUGACAGAAGACGAGAGCAAGGAACUGCAGAUGGAACCAAGUCAACGAGUCUCAUACACUGCUGCAGAUCUGAACCAAGAUGGAGUUAUCGCAGACAGAGAGGGAGCAGUAAGGUAGAGGUAUACAGUUUUUAUAUGUUACUAAGGUUUGGAGCUCUGGUGGUGUAGUGGUAAGAGCUCAGCUGCUAACCAAAAGGUUGGCAGUUCAAGUCCACCAGCCGCUCCUUGGAAACCCUACGGGGCAAUUAUAUUCUGUCCUAUAGGGUCGCUGUAACUCGGAACCAACUUGAUGGCACCUGACAACAACAACAAGGUUAAGUUGGUAUCCAUUUAAUCCAUAUUGUUAAGAUGUUAAAUGUUAUGGUAACCACAAGAAAAAUACCUAAAGGGAAUCAAAGUGAUUCACUAUAAAAGCAACAAAACAAAAAAGUUGACAGUACAAGGGACAAAGAGGGUAUACCAAAAAACCAAACCCGUUGCUGUCAAGUUGAUUCCGACUCAUAGUGACCCUACAGUACAGAGUAGGACUGCCCCGUAGAGUUUCCAAGGAGCGCCUGGUGGAUUGAAACUGCCGACCUUUUGAUUAGAAGCUGCGCCAAUUAACCACUACGCCACCAGGGCUUCCUAAAGAAACUUUAGACACACUGGCAGAAGUGCUUAUCAGUAAGUACAGUGAAUACAAAUUGACUAAAUGAUCCACCCAAACGAGAGACUGCAUUAAGAAGCAUGAUCUAAGUAUAUGCUGUCCACAAAGAGACACAUCUGAGGCCCAGCGACACAAACAGAUUGAAAGUGAAAGGAUGAGAAAAAGUAUUUCAUGCAAAUAGUAACCAAAGAAAGCUGGAGUGGUCAUUUCAAAAACAAAAUAGACCUCAAGUCAAAAUCUGUCUUAAGAGACACAGACAGACAUUACCUGAUGAUUCAAUAAAAAGAUACAACAGUUGUAUCGCCUACAAUCAGAGCCCCAAAAUACAUAAAGCAAACACUGAUAAAAUUGAAGAAAUAGCUCCAAAACAGCAGGUGGAGACAUCACGACGCCACUUUCGAUAAUGGCAGCACAUCUAGAAAGACAAUAAGUACAUAAAGGAACUGAACACUCCUGUGAACCACCGCUGCAAACUGGUUCUUCCCGGUUUCAUCAUGGCCUAGGUAACAACACCAGAACUGACUUGAAUUUUUAAAAUUUGGGUGAACUGGAACCAGAACGGUAAAAGUUAUGGGUCAAAGCCCUCCUAGACACUUAAUCUCUCUCCUAGAAAACAAGGGCAGCAUACACAUUGCAUAGCAACCAACUCUCUGGCCCAUCGGAUUUUGGGCAGUCAGAAACAGUGGUGUCCUGCUCAAAGAUGGCAUCCAACCGUGCCGCUUUGAAUGUGUAUCACUCUCCUCAGUCGUGGCGAUAAUCAGUCAUUACACCUCUUUCUGGUCUCCAAUUCCAGGGCUUUGACCUAUAAUUUUUCCCGUUCCAGUUAUGGUUCUGGAUCACUAAUUAUGGUCUGUUCCAGCUUUGCUUCAUUGGCCAUGACUGAGCUGGAAGCCCUGCUAAAAACCAACUAGACUUAACAGACAUAUAGAGAACACUUAGAAGCACCACAAUCCUUCCCCAGUGCACAUGGAUCCUUCUCCUGGCCAGAGACCACAUGUUAAGUCACAAAGCAAGUCUCAACAAAUUUAAAAAGGGUGAAAUCAUACAAAGUAUUUUCUGGACCACUAUGAAGAUAUAAAUAACAAAACUGGAAAUACACAAAUAUAUGCAAAUCAAACAACACUAUUUACCGUUGGAUGACGGAAGAAAUUUUAAAUUUUUAAAUUCAUUUUGAAUGAAAAUGAAAGCACAAUAUAUCAAAAGUUAUGAGACUUGGCAAAAGCCAUGCUCAGAGGGAAUUUUAUAGCUGUAAAUGCCUACAUUAAAAAGGAAGAAAGUACAUAAAAAUCCCAGAGAUUCCACAAGAAAGUUACUGGAACUAACAGGGUUCAGCAAAGUGGCAGGGUACAAGAUCAACACAAAAAGUCUGUCUGGUUUCUCUACACUAACAAGGAGGACUCUGAAAAGGAAAUCAAGAAAACAAUACCAUUUACAAUAGCCCCCCAAAAGGAUAAAAUUGUUAGGUGCUGUCGAGUUGGUUCCGACUCACGGCGACCCUAAGCACAACAGAACGCAACACUGCCUGGUCCUGAGCCAUCCUCACAAUCAUUGCUAGGCUUGAGCUCAUUGUUGCAGCCACUGUGUCAGUCCACCUUGUUGAGGGUCUUCCUCUUUUCCGCUGACCCUGUACUCUGCCAAGCAUGAUGUCCUUCUCCUGGGACUGAUCCCUCCUGACGUGUCCAAAGUAUGUAAGACGCAGUCUCGCCAUCCUUGCUUCUGAGGAGCAUUCUGGUUGUACUUCUUUCGAGACAGAUUUGUUCGUUCUUCUGGCAAUCCAUGGUAUAUUCAGUAUUCUUCACCAACACCACAAUUCAAAGGCAUCAAUUCUUCGGUCCUGCUUAUUCAUCAUCUAGCUUUCACAUGCAUAUGAUGUAACUGAAAAUACCAUGGCUUGGGUCAGGCACACCUUAGUCUUCAAGGUGACAUCUUUGCUCUUCGACACUUUAAAGAGGUCCUUUGCAGCAGAUUUACUCAACGCAGUCCUCUUUUGAUUUCUUGAUUGCUGCUUCCAUGGAUAAAAUACCUAGGAAUAAACCUAACCAGGAACAUUAAAGACUUAUACAAGGAAAACUACAAGCAUUACUGCAAGAAACCAAAGGAGACCUACAUAAAUGGAAAAAACAUACAAUGCUCGUGAAUUAGAAGACUUAAGACUGAAAAUGUCUAUAGAUACAAUGCAAUCCCAAUCCAAACCCUGACAACAUUCUUUAACAAAAUGAAAAAACUAACCUCCAGCUUUAUAUGGAAAGGAAGGAGGCCCCAAAUAGCUAAAACAUUAUAGAAGAAGGAGAACAAAGUAGGAGGCCUCUCACUUGUUGAUCUCAGAACUUAAUAUAUAGCCAUGGUAAUCUAAACAGCCUGGUACUGGAAUGACGAUAGACACAUAGACCAAAGGAACAAAAUUGAGAACCCAGAAGUAAAUCCAUCCAGCUAUGGGCAGCUGAUCUUUGACCAAAAGUCAAAGUCAUUCAAUGGGAAAGAGACCAUCUCUUUAACAAAUGGUGUUGGCAAAAGUGGACAUCCGUUUGUGAAAAAAUGAAAUAAUUCAUACCUUACACCAUAUACAAAAACUAACUAAAAAUAGAUUAAAGACCUAAAUGUUAGACCUAAAACUAUAAAAAGUUCCUGGAAGAUAACAUAGGGACAAAGCUAGGGGUCUAAUUUAUGCCAUAAAUAUACUAUCAAACAGAACUGAAAAUAUACAAACAAGAUAAACUAGAUUAUUGGGGCCUCCUAAAACUUAAAUACAUAUGCUCAUCAAAAGACUAACAAAGUAAAAGGAAAACCUAUAGACUAGGAAAAAAAUUUUGGCAACGACAUAAUUGACAAGGGUCUAAUCUCUGAAGUAUAUAAAAAACUUCAGCCUGCCAACAAAAAGACAAACAAUCCAAUCAAAAAUCGGCAAAGGACAUGAACAUACACUUCACCAAAGACAUUCAGGCAGCUAAGAAACACGAAGAGAGGCUUGUGAUCACUAGCAAAUCGAGACUACAGUGAGAUACCAUCUCACCCUGGCAAUAAUGGUACUGAUCAAAAAAACAGAAAACAACAAAUACUGGCCAGGUUGUGGAAAGACUGAAACUCUUACACACUGCUGCUGGGAUUGUAAAAUGGUACGACGACUGUGGGAAAAUGAUGUGGCACUUUCUGCAAAAGCAAGAAACACCAUAUGAUCCAGCAAUCCCACUCCCAGGUAUAUAUCCUAGAGCAGUAAAAGCAGUGGCACGAAUAGACAUAUACACGCCUAUGUUCACUGCAGCAUUCACAACAGCAAAAAGAUGGAAACAACCUAAGUGUCCACAACAGAUGAAUGGAUAAAAUGUGCUACAUACACACAAUACAAUACUAUGCAACAAUAAAUGAUUAGUCUGUAAAACAAACAAAAAUAAAAAACCAAACCCAUUGCUGUCAUGUCAAUUCUGACUCGGGGACCCUAUGGGACAGAGUAGAACUGCCCCAUAGGGUUUCCAAGGAGCACCUGGUGGAUUCCAACUGCCGAUCCUUUGGUUAUCAACUGUAGCUCUUAACCACUACACCACCAGGGUUUCCAAACAUCUUAGGGCAUGGAUGAAUCUGGAGGACAGUAUGCUGAAUGAAAUAAGUCAAUCACAGAAGAACAAAUAUUUUAUGAUACCACUUUUUUAAAAAAAGUCAGGAAUAGGUUUACAUACAGAAAGCAACGUUCUUUGAUGGUUACCAGGCAUGGCAGGAUGGGAGAAUCACUUAUAGAUAAACCCAAACCCAGUGCUGUCGAGUCAAUUCCGACUCACAGCAACCCUAUAGGACAGAGUAGAGCUGCCCCAUAGUUUCCAAGGAGUGCCUGGCGGAUUCAAACUGCUGACCCUUUGGUUAGCACCCGUACCACUUAACCACUACGCCACCACGGUUUCCUACAAAAUAGGGAACGCUUCACAAAUUUGCAUGUCAUACUUGCACAGGGCCAUGCUAAUCUCUGUAUCAGUCCAAUUUUAGUAUAUGUGUAGACGUGUUAAUUCUGGUGAAAGGAAAGACAAUACACAGUAUGGGGGAAGUCAGCACAAGAUGGCCAAAGUAAAUGAAGACAUUGAGAGGUGCACAAGAAUAAAGGAUAACCGCAGUCAAUGCUACAACAUAUACAAUUCUGCAACCAGAGUAAUAACCAAAAAUCUGUGAGUGGUUACGUAGGUAGGUAGGUAGGUGUGGUCUAUAGGUGAGGGAGGGCACAUGGGAGUACACGUGUGUGCAUAUAGGUGAAUUGUGGGCAUUUGUAUACACAUAUUUGUAUGUGCUGCAUAUGUGUUCAUAUAGAUAACAGAGCACAUAGGGGGCACAGUUAUGAAAACUUCUAAGACAUAUCCGAACACCUUGUGGAACUGAGGUACUAAAAACCACAGUCUUGGGACAUGUAGGUCAACUGGCAUUAACACAGUUGGUAAAGAUAAUGUUUUACAUCCUAGUUUGGUAAGUAGCGCCUGGGGUCUUAAAAGCUUGUUGAGUGUCCAUCUGCGAUACAACUACUGGUCUCUUCCUGUCUAAAGCAAAGGAGAGUGAAGGAAGCUAUUAGUCCACAGGACUAACGGCCCAGAGGAACCAGAGCCGCCUCUAGCCUGAGAGCACAAGAACUAGAUGGUACUCAGCUGUAACUACCAACAAGUCUGACCAGGGACACAACAGAAGGUCCUGAUAAGAAUGGGAGAAAAACAAAACUCUAUUAUUAAAGACCAGACUCACUAAACUGAUAGAGAAUGGAGGAACCCCUGAAGCUAUCCCCUAAGACACCCUUGUAGCUUGAAACUGAAGCCACUCCCAGAGGUCACCUUUCAGCUAAAUAAUACCAAAACCCAAAACCAAACCCACUGCCAUCGAGUCAAUUCCAACUCAUAGCGACCCUAUAUACACUUGCCUAUAAAAUAAACACCACCCAUGGGGAAUGUGUUCCUUAGAACAAUCAACUAUAUGACACCAAACGGGCAACAUCUGCCCAAAAACAAAGGGGCGGGAAAGCUGAAGGGAUGGAGAGAGGGAAGACGGUGGAAAUGGGGAUAAUGCCAACACAAUUGUGGGGAUAGCAACCAAUGUUAAGGAACAAUUUGUGUGUGAAUUGCUGAACGGGAAAUUAAUUUGCUGUGUAAACUUUCACCUAAAACAAUAAAGUAUUAAAAGAAAAAAAGAUCACAGAUCAAUAAUCUUAAGUUUACAACUUGAGAAACUAGAAAAAGUACCCUAUUUUUAUGCAAAUAACACAGGCCUAUGUUUGCUUGCCUAGCACGCCCUCCCCACAUGCGGUAUUUUCAUAAACCAGUUCAUGAAAAUACCUCACAGUGGGGAGGGCACCAUUAACAAACAAACGUAAAAGGCACACAUUAUUUGUGUAAAAAUACUGUAAACCCACAUCAAUCAAAAGGAAGGAGAUUACAGAGCACAGAUAGAGGACAGAAAAAUAGAGAAAUCAAUGAAGCAAGAAGUUGGUUCUUUGAAAAGAUGAUAAAUCUUAGCUACACUGACAAAGAAAAAAAACAAGAUGCAAAUACCUAAAAUCAGAAAUUAAAGUGGGGACAUUAUAAUGGACCCCACAGAAAUAAAAAGGAUCAUAAAGAGAAUACUGUAAACAACUGUGUGCCAACAAAAUAAAUAAUCUAGAUGAAAAAGACAAACUCCUAGAAACACAAACUUCCUUCCUACAUUGACUAAAGAAGAAAGAGAAGGGCAAAGCUGUCGGACCUAGUUUCUGUUGAUGGGCUAUCAGGACAACAAAAGAUAAAUCAGACCUCGUAAAAAUUAAAUAUGUAUGGGCAUCGAAGAACUUUAUCAAAAAAGUGAAAAGAGCCUACAGAUUGGGAGAAAAUGCUGAAGAACCAUGUACCAGAUAAGGCUCUGUCUUAGUUACCCAGUGCUGCUGUAACAGAAAAUACCACAAGUGGAUGGCUUUAACAAACAGAAAUCUAUACUCUGACAGUCUCGGAGGCUAGAAGUCUGAAUUCAGGGUGCCAGCUCUAGGGGAAGGCUUUCUCUCUCUCUGUCAGCUCUAGGGAAGGUCCUUAUCAUCAGUCUCCCCUGGUCUAGGAGCACACUCCUCUCCUGGUUCUUAUUUGGUGGUAAUGAAGUCCCCAUCUCUCUGCUCGCUUCUCUUUUAUGUCUCAAAAGAGACUGACUUAAGACACAACCUCAUCUUGUAGGCACUAACAGAGCUGCCUCUAAUCCUGCCUCAUUAACAUAGAGGUAGGAUUUACAACAUAUAGGAAAAUCACAUCAGAUGACAAAAUGGUGGGCAGUCACACACUUUUUGGGGACAUAAUUCAAUCUUUAACAGGGUCUAAUAUCCAAAAUAUAUAAAAUACUUCUAUAACUUAAUAACAAAAUGACAAACAACUCAAUCAAAAAGUGGGCAAGAACUUCAACAGAUAUUUCACCAAAGAGGAUAUUCAAAUGGCCAACAAGCACAUGAAAAGAUGCUCAGCGUCAUUAGCUAUUAAAACCAAAAAACCUACUGCCGUCAAUUCCAACUCACAGCAACCCUGCAGGACAGUAGAACUGCCCCACAGGGUGUCCAAGGGCAUAAAUCUUUACAGAAGCCGACUUCCACAUCUUUCUCCCAUAGAGUGGGCAUUUGUGCUGCUGACCUUUCAGUAAGCAGCCAAGCACUUUAACCACUGCACUUCCAGGGCUCCUUCAUUAGCUAUUAGGGAGACACAAAUCAAAACCACAAUGAGAUAUCACAUCACCCCCACUAGAAUGGAAAUGAUUUAAGAAAAAAAAAAAAAACAUUAGGUGGUGUGGAGGUUGUAGAGAUGGAGGAACUUU